GACAUUACUGGAUAUUCCCGGGGAAAUUUUAAAUUUGGAUUGCAUGAUUCAAAUGCUACCUUGGGAGAAGGAAAGUUUGGCCAAGUAACACUUGCCUCCUACAAAGGGUUACCUGUUGCUGAGAAGCAGUUCAAUGCUGCUGUCUUACAAGCAGAAAUAGAACAUGAGGCAAACAUUGUUUCUUCUUUCAAGCACUUAAAUCUACUAGUUUUCUUUGGAGUUUCUUGUUCGGAAAAGCCUUAUCUGCUUGUCUUACAAUUCUAUAGAGCGGCAGGCAAAGCAUUCACUAUAAAAGACUGCCUUCAGCCUUCCUUUUGACACUGCUUAACUAUAGAAUAAGUGACUGAUACAGAUUUGUUUCCUUAUUUUAUUCUGUAGAAUGUUCCUGAAGCAAAAAAAGUGCCCGGGAAGGACAGGAAUGCCUCCCUUCAUCAUAUUUGA